AUGGCUGCCCUUGCAUGGUGCCCCAGGUCUGGUAAGACACCCUUGCAUUGUAAUGUUUUGGGUCAUCCUGCAGAUGUUAUUGCAGGGGUUCUGCUGCUGCUCCUCAUUUACGACCGCAAUAUAGCCACGCACGAGAGCAAUUUACAGCUCUUGGGAUUUUGGGCCCAGUUUUCUUUGUACGACCUUGGGCGGGUUCAACACCGCUUCAGUAUGGACAUUAGAGCACUAAAGAGACAUCGGAGCAGCCGUCAUGUGGAGAACACAAAGGCAGGAAAGAAAGAUGCCGAAGAUGAGGCAGGGUUUGAAGAAAACUACCGCUGGUUUUAA